UUUUUUUUUAAUUAUUAAGUGAGUCAUGGAUGUUAAAGAUGAAAUUAACAAACACGAAAAUCCUAGAAAAAAAGCAAACCCAUUAAGUGCUCUUACAUUUACAUGGUUGCUGAGUACAUUUUGGAUUGGUUUUAAAAGAGAUUUAGAAUUAAGUGAUCUUCCAAAACCUCUGAAGGAACACAAAAGCAGUAACGUUGGAAAUAAAUUAUCAAAAUCAUGGGAUCGCCAAUAUGAGCGUUUUAACAAUCAAAAUGAAGGAAAGAAUAAAAAAAUAUCACCACCAAGUUUAUUUCGUUCACUUGUCAAAGUUUUUGGUAUUGAAUCAAUGUCAUAUGGAAUUAUUUUAGCAAUAAUGGAAGUUCCAACAAAAGUUCUUCAACCAUUGGCAGUUGGUCGUCUUGUUCGUCAUUUUUCAAAAGCAAAUGAAGAAAAUAAAUCAACAGAUAUGGAAGCCUAUUUAGCAGCUGGUGUUAUAAUAUUGUGUUCUGUUGUAAAUAUGUUUGCUAUACAUCCCUACAUGAUGGCAAGUACACAUGUUGGAAUGAAAAUACGUGUUGCUUGUUGUUCAUUGGUAUAUAGAAAAUCUCUUAAAUUAUCUCGUGUUGCUCUUGGUGAAAAAUCAAUUGGUCAAGUUGUUAAUUUAUUGUCAAAUGAUGUCAGCCGAUUUGACAAUGCAGUUGUAUUUCUUCAUUAUCUUUGGAUUAGUCUUGUUGAAACAGCUCUGGUUACUUAUUUUAUGUAUCUUGAAGUUGGUUGGUCAGCUGUUAUUGGAAUGUUUUCGUUACUAAUGUUUAUUCCUCUUCAAGGCUGGCUAGGAAAAACAUCAUCUGUUCUUCGUAUGAAAACAGCUAUUAGAACAGACGAACGUGUUAGACUUAUAAGUGAAAUAAUUAAUGGUAUUCAAGCAAUUAAAAUGUACACUUGGGAACAGCCAUUUAGUAUUUUAAUGGAAAAAGCUAGAAAAAGUGAAAUUAGUAUCAUUCGUAAGAUGGCUUUUCUUCAAGGUAUUUUAACGUCUUUUAUGACAAUUAUAACACGUUUUUCACUAUUUAUCACAGUUCUUGCUAUUAUUUAUUUGGAUAAAUAUUAUGGAAAUGAUAAUCUAGAAAAAAAUGGAAUUACAGCUGAAAAAGUUUUCAUGUUAACUUCAUUUUAUACUGGUAUACGUCAAUCAAUGACUGUAUUUUUUCCUCUUGGAAUUAUAAUGAGUGCACAAGCAUGGAUAUCAGUUAAACGUAUUCAAGAAUUUUUAAUGUAUGAAGAAAUUGAUUCUAAAAAAUUUCACAAAAAUUCAGAAGAUAAAGAUACAAACACUGGUUUGAUAACACUUGAAAAUGUACAUGCAAAAUGGUUAAAAAAUGGAUCUGAUGAUACACUUACUAAUAUUAAUAUGAAAGUUAAACCAGCACAAUUAGUUGCAAUUGUUGGACAAGUUGGAUCUGGAAAAUCAAGUUUAUUAAAUGUAAUUCUCAGAGAGCUUGAAACAUAUCAUGGAAGUGUCGAUGUACAUGGUAAUAUUGCAUAUGUGUCUCAAGAACCUUGGCUAUUUGCUGGAUCAGUACGAACAAAUAUUCUCUUUGGCAAAAAAAUGGAUGAGAAACGAUACGAGCAAGUUGUAAAAGUUUGUCAAUUAAAACGUGAUUUUCGUUUAUUUCCUUAUGGUGAUAAAACACUUGUUGGUGAACGUGGUGUAAGCUUGUCAGGUGGUCAACGAGCAAGAAUUAAUCUUGCACGAGCUGUAUAUGCUGAUUCACCAAUAUAUUUAUUUGAUGAUCCACUUAGUGCAGUUGAUGCUCAUGUUGGCAAACACAUGUUUGAAGAAUGCAUUGAAAGAUACUUGAAAGGUAAAACAAGAAUUCUCGUAACACAUCAAGUACAAUUUUUAGACAAUGUUGAAAAAAUAAUUGUCCUAAAAGAUGGUGCAAUUCAAGCUGAAGGAAGUUACAAUGAAUUGAUAGCUCAAGGAGUUGAUUUUGGUAGAUUAUUAGAACCUCCAGUUGAGGAAGAUAAUGAAGAUGAUGUCACACCAAAUACUGCUGGUUUUAUUAAUUCACGACAAGUUAGUGUACGUUCUACAAGUUCAUCAAUUUCAAAUAAAACAAUUAAUGACUCUCAACCUAAUGAAGCUGCAGAAACAAGAACACGAGGAAAUAUUGGUGGUCAAGUUUAUUUGAAAUAUCUUAAUGCUGCUGGAAAUUGUUGUGGACUAUUUUUUGUAUUAUUUCUUUUUAUUGGUGCACAAGUUUUAGCAACUGGUGGUGAUUUGUUUAUCACCUGGUGGGUAAAUUUAGAAGAAAAAUAUUCAAAUGCAGGACCAGGUGAAAGUCGAAGUUUAACUACAGAAGAUUGUGUUUAUAUUUUUGCUGGAAUUAUAUUGUGCACAGUUAUUGGUACUUUUAUUAGAUCAAUAGCAUACUAUAUGGCUUGUAUGCGAGCUUCUAUCCAUCUCCAUGAUCGAAUGUUUAGAAGCAUAAGCCGAGCAACAAUGAGAUUUUUCAAUACAAAUACCUCAGGAAGAAUAUUAAAUAGAUUUUCUAAGGAUAUGGGAUCAAUCGAUGAAUUAUUGCCGAUGGCUUUAUUUGAUUGUAUUCAAAUUGGUCUUAGCUUAAUUGGAAUUAUUGGAAUAGCUGUUUCAACAGAGCCAUUUUUAGUGAUACCUACAUUGUUCAUUGUAAUAUUAUUUUAUUAUAUGAGAAAUUUUUAUUUACCAACUUCAAGAAGUGUCAAAAGACUUGAAGGAAUUGCAAGAUCACCGGUUUAUAAUCAUUUAAAUGCAACAUUACAAGGAUUAGCAACAAUAAGAUCAUCAAAUGCUAGUAAACUUUUAAUUGAAGAAUUUGAUAAUCAUCAAGAUCUUCAUUCAUCAGCUUGGUUUAUAUUUAUAUCAUCGUCAAAUGCAUUUGGUCUUUGGCUUGAUACUUUUGCUGUUUUAUAUAUUUCAUUAGUCACACUUAGCUUCUUAGUUAUACCAGGAAGUGAUUCAAAAAGUGGUGGAAAUGUUGGUCUUGCAAUUACCCAAGUUAUUGGACUAACGGGAAUAUUCCAGUGGGUCAUGCGACAGAGUGCAGAACUUGAGAAUCAAAUGACCUCAGUUGAACGAGUUUAUGAAUAUACUAUUCUUGAAAGUGAAUCACCAUUGGAAAGCCUGCCAGGUGAAGAAUUACCACCAGAUUGGCCUACUGAAGGAAAAAUUGAAUUUAAAAAUGUUUAUUUGUCUUAUGGUCCUGAUGAAGCACCAGUAUUAAAAAAUUUAAGUUUUACAAUAAAUGAAAGAGAAAAAAUUGGAAUAGUUGGUAGAACUGGUGCUGGUAAAUCUUCUCUUAUAUCUGCACUUUUUAGAUUUGCUAAUUUAAAGGGAAAAAUUGAAAUUGAUGGAGUAGAAACUGGUGAGAUUGGUUUACGUGAUCUUAGAUCAAAAAUAUCAAUAAUUCCACAAGAACCAUUUUUAUUUUCUGGUACUUUACGAAAAAAUUUGGAUCCAUUUGAGUCAUUUGGUGAUGAUGUACUUUGGGCAGCUCUUGAAGAUGUUGAAUUAAAAGAUAUGGGUUUAACUGCUCAUGUCAAUGAUGGUGGAAGUAAUUUGAGUGUUGGUGAACGACAACUUGUUUGUCUUGCUCGAGCAAUUGUUAGAAAUAAUAAAAUUUUAAUUCUCGAUGAAGCCACUGCCAAUGUUGAUUCAGGAACAGAUGAACUUAUUCAAAAAACAAUUCGUCAAAAAUUUGCAAAUUGUACUGUACUCACAAUUGCUCACAGAUUAAAUACUGUUAUGGAUAGUGAUAAAAUACUUGUUGUUGAUGCUGGCUCAGUUUUAGAAUUUGACCAGCCACAUUUACUUCUCCAAAAUCCAGAUGGUGCACUAUCAAGUAUGGUCAAUGAAACAGGCAAAAGCAUGGCAGAUUCUUUGAUUGCCAUAGCCAAAGAUAAUUAUAAAAUUCAUGGUCUUCAAGAAUCACCCACGACAUCUUUAUAAUAAAAGAUACUUUACAUUUUUCUCUGUAAAUAAAAUAUUUAUUAUGUAUAUGCAUUA